AUGGCAGAUGGAGAGAGUGAUGGGCCAUUAUUGCCAUUCUCUGACCCUCUAUACCUAAAAGCUGCUCUGCUGGAUCCUUCAUUUGCCUCAAUGUGGAUAAACCAUGAUGUCUUGGUCCCUGAAAAUACCAAGGAGGUUGUGUUUGCCAUGAUUAAAGACUUGAUUAUCAAGGAAGCAUGCAUAGCUACCACAGUCUCUUCCCACAGCCAUGAGCAGGAGGAUCCAAUAACAGUGCCAAAACAUCAGACUGUACUGUUCACAGCUUACCGCAAGCAGCAGAAGAGAGAUUCAAGUUCCAGUCCCCUUAUUCAGUUUAACCACUAUUUGGACAUUUGUGAUGGACAGGACUCCCUGCAGUUUUGGGCUGUGAACAGACACACCCUCCCGUCAUUGUUCAAGGUAGCGGAAAGAGUUAUGGCCAUCCCUGCAUCAAGUGCACCUGUUGAGCGGGUAUUCAGCCAUGGUGGGGUGAUAAUGCAACCACAUCGCUCACAAUUGAGUGACAAAGUUUUAUCCAAUUUAAUUUUUUGCAAGUGCAAUGCAUUGUAA